GGCGUCCCCGAAAAAAACUUUCAAAAUUUUCUCCUCACACACAAAGUUAAUGUGCGACAGCACAUCCACUGGCUGUUUUCUAAGCAGAAACAGUGGCCGCAAGGAAAAUGGAAGAUCAGUUCCUGAUGUUACGGCAAGCCCGGGCCGUGCGCCGCCCGGACCAUUGCCAUCAAAUCAAAUGCAAACGAUGGUUAAUCAACAGCAGCAGCAACAACAACAUCAACAACAGCAGCAGCAACAUCAUCAUCAGCAACAACAACAAUCACAGCAUCAGCAACAUCAUCAACAGCGACAGGGUGGAUCAAAAGAACCCGUCCUAUUGCAGGGUGAUUUCCGGAAGGUCUCAGGUAUUAGUUCCGAAAUCUUCCGACAGAUAGAAGCUGUCGAAAAUGAUCAUGAUCCGAAUACAGCGGCCGCCUUGGAGGCGGUCGAGAGACGAGGUGAAAUGAUAGUGCGCAUCUUGGAGCCGCACAGUAUUGGCGGUAAACAGGCCGUAGAUGCAGCCCAUAAAUUAUUGGCCAAGAAAGAUAAUCGACAUAUAGUACAGUUGGUGGAAAUCGUUAAGAGACCCGGUCAAACCUUAGGUUUAUAUAUACGCGAAGGAAAUGGUGCCGAUCGUACCGAUGGUGUAUUCAUUUCACGGAUUGCCAUCGAAUCUGCAGUGUCGAAUAGUGGAUGCCUGAAGGUGGGCGAUGAAAUCCUUGCCGUGAAUUUAGUCGAUGUCACCCACAUGUCCCUGGACGACGUUGUCAUAAUAAUGUCAAUUCCACGACGCCUGGUCUUGGCCAUACGACAACGUUGCGGUAAUCGUGGCACCGGCUCACCAGGCCCGCCCUCCAUGUCACGACCCGAACAGAAACCACCACCGGUUGUUGUCAUGAAACGUGACCUGCGCGACGAGGAGCUCGACGAGACUGAUCACAUGUCAAGAUCCCGUUCAUCACGCGAAAGACGUACAGGAGAUGGUCGUGAAAUGUCCGAAUCACGCUCGCGACUCGGUCUGGGUCUGAACAACUAUAGUCCGCAAUCGGAACAGCUGGAUAUGUACUAUAAUACCCGUCCGGGUAUGGAACCACCUAAUUGGGGCUAUAAACCACCACCACCGCCAUCAUCAGUCAUUACGGAACAGCCCAAGGGUCAUCAGUUUGCUCCAUCACAUGCGUACUACAAGAAUGCCGGAACGUUGGAGAGUCUGGCGGAAAAGGUACAUUCCUUCUAUCCGGGAGCUCCGCCUUCUCGUCGCCUGUCAGUGGGUAAUGUACCGCAACGGGCCCGCUUCCCACGUUCCGGAUCGGAUCAGCAUUUGCCUCGCGUUGAAUAUGCCGAUUAUUCGAAUUCUCUGGGUCGUCAUUCGUUGUUGCGGCCAAGCCUCAAGCCUAGCGGUGGCUCCGUAAUUAUGGGUCCUGGUGGCACUCUGGGUCGCUAUGGACGCUACGAUCCUCAUUCAAAUGCCAAAUAUGGACCGAGUGGUACUCAGUCUUUGACUCGACGUUCAAGACCCAAUUUGGAUUAUUCCAGUGAUACAGAAGCUACCGUUGGACCACGGCCCAAUUAUUACUACUACAAUCGCCCUGCAAUUGGUAGUAUGCCACGAGGUGCAGGAGCACCUGGUGGAGCCUCCGUGCUGGGUGGAGGGCCAGAUAUGGCCAAAUUUAAUUCACUGCCAAGAGAUCGGCCCGGUGUACGAUUGCCGGGUAUACGUUCACGUAUUAGCGAUCGCAUAAUGGAUGAAAGCGAUGGUAAUAUUUCGGCACCCGAAUUUAAUGCUCGGCGGGAUCGUGAUCUGAGAUCGCGGAUCACAGCCAGUCCUCAGUCGAUAUUUACAUCGGAUGAAUAUCGGGCAUGGCUGCGGAGGGCACCCAGCAGUUCAGCCAUUGCCGAGCAAAUGCGUAUGACAAGAGAUCUGCUGAAUCAGCCAAGGUCCCAUCGGUUCUCCUGCAGUGCUGAGAAUAUUCACGAUGCUCUGAGAAAUACCGAAAGCAUUUACUCCAGUCGAACGGGCAUCCUCGGCACCGGCACCUUGGAUCGCCACUUGGGCAUGCCUCGACCCAUCUCAUCACUGCCUGUGCGUUCCAUGUCAUCCCAGCACAUAGGUGGCCCCAACUCUAUACGUUCGCCCAGCAUUCGUCGCAUGCGUCAACUACUCGAACUUUCCGCUGGCCCAGCCAGUCCCAGCGGCAGCAUCAUGAGCACCGGUGGCCAUCAAAGUCCUGCGCCAACACCCAGUGCCACACUGCCGAGACCACAUCGACAAAUCGACAUCAAUCCCGCAGAGUUCAGCAAAUAUAAACUGGACAAACCCAUCGUUGAUAUAGGCGGUGUAUCGGGUAUGUUGUGGAUUCACCUGUUAGCGGGCCGUGGCCUACGUUCGGCACCCGAACUAGGACCACAGCACGGUGCAGGAGGACAGCAUCUACCGGCGCCCACACGUGAUCUAUACUGUGUGAUAGAAUGCGAUCGGGUACAUAAGGCGCGAACUGUGGUACGCUCCGGCGACCUGCAAUUCGAUUGGGAUGAAUCGUUCGAAUUGGACUUGGUGGGCAAUAAGCAAUUGGAUGUUUUAGUUUAUUCAUGGGAUCCACAACAUCGGCAUAAGCUAUGCUAUCGUGGAGCCAUUUCGUUGUCAACGAUACUGCGCCAGUCGCCAUUACAUCAGCUGGCCCUCAAGGUGGAACCUCGUGGCACGAUUUAUAUUCGUAUGCGUCACACAGAUCCCAUUGCUCUGUAUAAACGUCGUGGUUUACCCAGUCUCAGGGCUGGUUAUCCCACAUUGUUCGGUGCUGAUCUUGAGACUGUGGUGAAUCGUGAAUCAAAGGGUGCCCCAGGCUGUGCUCCAGUUCCGAUAGUUUUGCGCCGCUGUGUCGAAGAGGUGGAGCGUCGUGGUCUUGAUAUAAUCGGUUUGUAUCGCCUGUGCGGUUCGGCCACAAAGAAACGCUUGCUGCGUGAGGCGUUUGAACGAAAUAGUCGUGCUGUGGAAUUGACUCCAGAACAUGUUCCUGAUAUCAAUGUCAUCACUGGUGUGCUGAAAGACUAUCUAAGAGAAUUGCCAGAACCGUUGUUUACGCGAUGUCUCUUCCAGAUGACAGUCGAUGCAUUGGCUGUAUGUCUACCCGAUGAUCCCGAAGGCAAUGCAAAAUUAAUGCUUAGCAUAUUGGAUUGCUUACCUAGAGCAAAUAGGGCCACCCUAGUAUUUCUAUUGGAUCACUUGUCACUGGUCGUCUCCAAUUCCGAACGCAAUAAGAUGUCAGCUCAAGCUUUAGCCACUGUCAUGGGCCCACCCCUAAUGCUGCAUUCUGCCAGCGCCCAACCUGGCUCUGAGAUCGAUCAUGCCCAGCCCAUUGCUGUGCUGAAAUAUCUCUUACAAAUCUGGCCCCAACCCCAGUCGCAACAUCAUCAAAGUGCGCCCGGAGUCGGAGCAGGUGGCAAUCUCAUUAACAGCAUGGCUGUGGGUGGCAGUACCAUGGGCAUGGGCCUCGGUAUGGGUCUGGGCAUGAAUGCUGGCAGUAUGAAUAAUAUGCCGGGUGUUGUUUCAGGUCGGCGCGGCGAGUCAACAGGGCAGCGUGGAAGCAAAGUCAAUGCGUUGCAAGUGGACAGGCAGGCGUUCCUCAUGGCGCAGCAGCAGCAGCUCAUGGCGGCGGGCAAUCUACUACGCUCGUCCACUUCGGUAACCAACAUACUUUCUCAAGGCCAACAUCCGCUCUCAGCCACAGUCAACAGUCAUCUGUAUCAAUCAGUAGUGGGUCAGUUAGCUCAAUCGCAUCGAGCCUUGCAACAAGCGGUGCAACAGCCCCAUCCAUUGGUGGACUCAGUGGUCUCGGCAAUUCCCGACCCAUCGCCACUGCCCAUUCCCGGCACACCCUCCCCCGGCAGUAGUUCAGCAUCGACAGCAUCGGGAUCCGGUUCGGGCAAAAGUACGGACACAAUCAAACGAGGCAUAUCACCGGCCUCCGUUAAACAAGUCAAUAUCCAGGAAUCCGUCAGUUCGUAUUCGCUCAGUCAGAAAAAGUCCGAUAGAGAUUCUCCUGCCCAUGCAGCAGCCCUGUCAUCCGGUAGUAGCACCACGCGCAAAGGUGUUGAUUUUUACGAACCGCACAAAUCUCAGACCAAGAGCGACGAUGACAAUAAUGGUGUGGUGAACAACAGCAGCAGUGGCAGCGGUAUCGGCGGCAAAUAUGGCGAUUCGGCAUACAAAUUGCGUAGCGCCUAUGCUUCGUCGGGAGGUAGUGGCGCGUUGGAACACAAACCCACCAGUUCACUGUCCACCGAAGAAUACAAGGCCAUGCGUAACAAAUCCAGUGCAUCAUCAUCCUCAGCAUCUUCACAGGCUACGGUUCUGAGUGCCGGCUCGGCGGGUACCUCGGCUACAACCACUUCCUCCGAUGAUUCGGACGAUUUGGUUUCAUAUAAAUCAUCGGCUUCGACAAAUGCCCUAUUGGCCCAAUCGCAGGCCAUGACCACCACCCAGCUAAUGUCGAAAUAUCUGAAGCGGGAACCUAGGGUACAAUUUACCCCCAUUAAAUCACCCGAUUCACCAUCUCCACCAGGUGGCAGUAGUUUACCCCGAGGUACGUAUCAUCUAACCAAUAGCAGUCGAAAUAUACACAGUGAUGUUAGCAGCGGUAGCGGCAUCAGCAGCGCCUUAUCAGCUAGCAGCCACAAUCUGGGUGGCAAAUACACCCUCGAUAAAAGCGACCGGGCCGCAUCACCAUCGAAAUCAUCAUCUCUAGCCUCCAGUAGCCUCAAGGAACCCGGCACUUCGGCCUCAGCCACAUCGCCAGCGGGUCUAAUUUCAACGGGACGCCGUCUAUUCGAUAGCCUGGCUUCCGAACUAGCCGACUCAGCACUGGGCAGCAGCCGUUCGAGGAUAGCUACAUCCACCACCACAUCAUCAGCAUACAAUAACGACAUUAGACACUCGGUAGCAAGUAGUAGUACUCAUAUUAGCAAUAAGUCAACAACAAGCUCAGAACAUCGUUCAUUCGGUAGUAGUCUCUUUAGCAGCAGCAGUGGCACUGAACGCUCUGAACGCAGCAGCAGUGCCUAUUCGAGCAAUGGCUCAAAUGGUUCGUCACACUAUGGUACAUUGCCCAAACAAAGUAUCUCGGGGGCGACUCUAUUCAAUACAGCAGGCUCCUCGGCAACGAGUGGGGCCGCAGCAUCGUCAUCAUCGACUGCACCUGGCACGGCCAGCAGCAGUGGUGUUAGUUCCAUGUCUGGCUCAGCCAGUAGUUAUGAUUUUUAUACAAAUAAUUCAAAUUCCUCCACGGCUUAUUCAGGUUCAAGUAGUAUGUACGGUACCACCUCAAGGCCAUAUGCCAAUGGUGGCGGUGGUACUGCCUCCUCAUCGAAUGGGGCUGGUAAUUAUCACACAUUGGGCACAUAUCGUGUCCAAUAUGCUGCCACAAAUCCAUUUUUGGAUGCAUUUGAUGCACCAUCGGAAAGUAGCACCACUACCUCUGCCAGCAGUCGAAAUGGCAGCGGAGGCAGUGGUGCUGGUGGCAGUAGUGGUGCCAGCAGCAGCAGUAGUGAUCAUCGUUCAUCGGCUAUGGCUGCAUUCCAUGCCAGUGCUGGUAGUAGUGGUGAGGUGAAAAAUGGUAGUGAUGAAUAUGAUGAUCUUAAAUAG